AGGUAGGGCAUUUUGGGAGAGAUGUGUCAAUGGAGUCGCUAUGGGUCAGAAACGACUUGACAGCAGGAGACAAGAUUAGCUAUACAAAAUAGUACACGUAUACAGAAGGACUGUAAUGAAUGAAUCGUGCUCACCUAGGCCAGAGAACUAAAAAAGCAGUGACACUGUAAUAGAAAUAUUGAGCUAGAUAUUUUCAAACUAUCAGAAAAAAUAUCCAUCGUGGAUCCUGGCCCAGAUUGCGUAAACUUCAGGAUAUGAUUAAUAGAGAUGGGAAAUGGAAAGAAAUAACUCUAGACAUAUCCUUAAGAUGGUUUCACAGUACCUGGCCCUUAUAAACAUCUCCCAUAAGACAGUUGCUGUGAAGCCUGUAGGUCAGAGAGAUGAAAGACCUUCAGCCCUGAACAAAUACAGUAGGUAGAGCAGACUUCAAACUAGUGGCAGUGUGAGGGCUUCCUGUGUGUUCCACCCGGAGCUCUGUGCAGUGAAGAUAAAUUCCGCCCUCAGCUCAUUCUGAACAAUUUUCACCGAGCCACGAGACCUUCAGGGUCUCUCACUGGGUUUCUUCCUGGGGGACGUAGAACUGUUUGGCUUUCUCUGCUUCUCAUCUACCCCUUGACCUCCAGGACCUGUUUCCUCUGCCAAAAACCCUGGAAAAUCCGAUCUCGGGAACAGGUAUUUUUGCAAUUUAUCUUUCUAGUUCGAGAAAAGAAGGAAAAUAUAUGAUUUUAAAGGCCUGCUAGAAUUUAUGCCCAGAUUUUUCCAAGUUUGUCUAUUAAGGAAUUAGAAAUGUGUUGUUUGGGAUUAUUGUCAUUCAGUACUUUGCACUAGAUCCAUUUAACAUCAAGGCAUCUAUCCAUCUGCUAAACUGGAUACUGUAUAUUAUGAAAACUAAAAAUUUCAGGAGUAUAUAUUUCUAGCUCCUAAAAUCUCACUCCUUAUAGCCUCUUGUAAUGCUUAUGAUCUUACAUUUGUCUCUCCCUUUACUCCAACAUAUUUUCAUAAUAAUGCAGGGUAACCACAGCUGGCUUGAAUUUAUUCACAAGACCGCAAAUCAUAUUAAUUCAACAGCCAACCCACCAGCCCUUCGAUAUUCAUUUCUACAAUUCCUCAGCACUUGGGGAUAUAUGAAUAUUCAGUUGUGCAUUCAAUGUACUGCGAUUAAUUCACAGUAAAUAUUUUAAGAGUACAAACCCCUUGUGUGCAGGAGAUGUGUCCUUGGCUUCUGUUGUACUUCCCCAAGUGCUUAUUACAUCCACUGGGUUCCUAAUGCAUGUUAUUAUCUCUGAUUUGGGUAGGUGGUACAGCCAAGGAGUGGAAUCAGGUUCAGACUUGUUACGGGAGCUGAGGAGUUUCAGAGUGUAUUUGAAACAUUAAGAAAAUUAGAUUUGGUAUACAGCAGAGAUGAAAGUAUGCAUGGGAAUGCCCUUUUAGCAUCAAUUCUUCACCAGGAAAUUUGUUUCUUUGAUAUGAAAAAAUCUCAAGAACAUAUUGCCGUAAGCAGUUGGAUCUACCUGUGACUCAAUCUUCUUGUUACAAUUUACGAGAUUAUAUCACAGGUAGAUCUAACUGCUUAUAGAAACUUGAGAGCAGGGGCUAUAUCUGCUAUGCUUUACUUCUUGAGCACCUAAUACUUCCCAUGUCAUGAUGACUAUGACCUUUAAAGUAUUUUUCAGAAUAGCUAGGAUUAUAAUUGGGAGGAAUUUUCCAGGGGCUACUGAUUGAAAAAUAUUCCAAUGUACACAAAAGAUGAAAUUAUCUAGUGACUCCUUUAUCGCAAGAGAUUAUUUCGGGAGCAAAAAGCAUCCUCAUAUUUAUAUGAGAUUUAUAUGAGACUCUUUUCCUCCAGUUAAUCAUCCUUUCCCAUGGUUGCUGCCUUUCCUAUUCACAUUUAUCCAUUGGAUAAGGGCUUGAGAUGCCUCUUUUGAUCAUCUCAAUUUCAGUUCCAUCAUGAUGCCCUGACAGUGGCAAGACUUAGUUCUUUGAAGCUGUUCUCGUGUUGAGAGUUGGUCACUAACUAUAUGAAGGUCUUUGCUUUUUGCUGCUUUAACUUUUUCAAUUUAAUCCUCCCUCCUUCCCCGCCAUUCAGACCUAGAUCAUUUCAGAUCCUUGGACAUCUGUCCUUUGCAAGAUGAGAGAGCAGAAUGUAGCCUCUGUAGAAAUGAAACCUCCUAAGGAAUCGAAGAGAAGACGUAUAACUGUGGAGACAGAAGAUUCGCUUUCCGCUCCCUGGAGGCUCCUGGCUGGGAUUCUGGGCAUCUUAGGCCUGGGGCUCAUGGUAGCUGCACUAGCACUGGGGGUCCUCAUUGCUAACCAAUCUUAUGAGGGAUCUGAGAGACCUCCUUCAUACGUCAAUACCACAUCAGAGAGAGAAUGUUACUCUGGCUCUUGCCCAGAGAACUGGAUCUGGAACAGAGGGAACUGUUAUUACCUUUCUAGAGAAGACAAGAAUUGGUCAGAAAGUCAAACUGCCUGCAGGAGUAUGAAUUCCAGUCUCCUGAAGAUAGAUGGGAGUAAAGAGGUGGAUGAUUUUCUGAAACUUCUGUCUUCUUUUUAUUGGAUUGGAUUGUCUCAGAACGGCUCUGAUGGACCCUGGCUUUGGGAGGACAGAUCUGAACUCUCCCAAGACCUGUUAUCAGUGAAAAGCCAUUUCACUAGGGGAACCUGUGUACAUUAUGGAUUGAAAAAUCAAUUUUCAUCUGGCAACUGUGACUAUUUAAGGUAUUAUAUUUGUGAACAAAGAGCUAUAUAAAUUUAGGAAAAUGAUGUACCACUAAAAUUAUUUUAUGAGAUUCCCCCAUAUUGUUUGAAAUGCCUUUGUUUUCUGUUGGAAAGUAUGUUAUUCUAAAUUAUUAUGUAGACUCUCAUGCAGUUUAUUGUGGUAAAAAGAUCAGAGUUUGAUUUGUAUUCAGAAUAAAGAACAACUGAUCUAACAAUUUGUCCACACUUGGAAGAUAUUCUUCAGCUAAUGAGUGCUUUCUUUCAGUGACCAUUAUCCAAAUUUAAUCUUUAAUAAUUACAUAAGCUAUCAUCAUCUCAAUGUCAAGAGAACAAGAAAAUUGAAGCAAUUCAUUAAUUUUUAUGCAAAAAAUUGGUAUCCUGCUUAAAAACAAACUAGCUGAACUGGAUUACUGAAUGAGCAUGUUUGUAAAAUAAUAAAAGUCUGAUUAAUUCACA